UUCAUAUAUUGAAGGAAAGAGUUGUACGGGUUUAUUAUUUGUGUAAUAAAUAUAAAUAGUGCAAAUAUGUAUUAAAUUUCAUAUAAAAUCAGAUUUACAUACUAAAGAUACAUGGAUGAUGCAUUUGUAAAAGUGAUUACUUAAUUUUUAAGAAGAUCUCUUGUUAAAUCACAAAAUGUCGACUAGACGUGCUAGGAUAAAAGCUGUAACAUCUUUGCCACCAAGAAGAAAAAAUGCUGAAUCUGCAGAUGUUAAAAACAAGCAGGUUCAAGUUAAAGAAGACAUUGAAAAAAAACUCAAAAGCCCACGAACACCACGACCUUUAGUAGAAAAAAAUGAAGUGGCUGACAGCGUCGGCCCUUCAAACACUUCAGAUGAAUUUACCAACGCAACAAAGUCUCGGAAUGUAAUUAAAACUCCGAACAAAAAUGACAAAGCUAACGCACCAACAACUGGAAGCUCUCCAAUUAAUCCAACCGAGAAAAUUAAGUCAUCACCAAAAACCACAGAAAAAGUGUCUGGUAACGCUACUUCUGUUAUCAAAUCGAACAAAGGUAUAUUUGCAUCACCACAAUCACGACGAGAUAGUCCAUUUAGGAAAGCUAUUGCAUCUCUUUUGACCACAUCCCCAAAAAACACCACAAAAAGUGCAGAUGUAAACCAAGCAAAAAGUGUAUCACCGCAAAUAAAUAAACAUACACCCAAACAACAAAUAAUAAAUGACAACAAUGAACUGCAUAUAACAAACAAAAAUAUACAUAAAGUUACACAUAAUACAGUUAGCCCUGUUGGAAGCAGCACUACCGAAGAUUUCAAUGUGCCAAGUGUUCCAGAGAGUGUCACAGAUGAGACAGUGAUGGAUGGUAUAGUGCCGUUACAGCAAGCUGGCAGUGCACCCAAGCCUAUAGAUGUUCUAAAAAGCGAAAUUAUAUCAGAAAAUGUUGAAGUUCUCUUUGAUCCAAUAGUACCAUUACCUUCACCAAGUAAAGUGAGGCCAAAGUUGCGCCCAGCUCCAAGACUGGGGCCUCAAAGAAGAAAUAGUAUACAGGGCAGUGCCAGUGAGUCGGAGGAUGAGACUCGACGCGCGCAACUGUCUACUGGGAGAGCUACUCCAUCUUUGGGUAGACAACGUCAUGAUUCACACACAUCUAGCUCAAUAAUAAAUCGAGAGGUACAUCGUGUGCGGAAUGAUUCUGUUUGCUCAAGUGCGAGUCAAUUGACUGCCCCUAGUGGUCUUGCUUCACCGUUCAAGGAGAAACAGAGCAAAUUACGUCGCCAGGAGGCGGCCAACCGGCGCGCGGCCGCGAUGCGCCGCAAGCGCGAGAAGGCCGCCGCUAAGAGAGAGUCACUCACCAUGUAUGACCUCAUAUUCUACAACCCCACCACUAAUCCUAUCAUUCCAGAUCAAGAUGAAAUAAAGGCGAAAGAGGAUAAUGCUAAAGACGCUAAAGAGUCUGCAGCAAAAGCUGAGGAAAAAAGUAAACAAAAAAUCAAGUCACCUGAAGCAGAGGCCGCGCCCGCGCCCGCGCCGCAGAUCAAACUCGGAGCGAAUGGAGAGAUAGUUCUCGAUGAACAGAGUUUGGUGAUAAAUAAAGGUAAAGGUGGCAAAGCCCUGGAGUCCACGAUGAUACCCGGAAUUACGCAGCUUAAAGAAAACGAAAUGACCACCGCGGACGAAAUCAUUGCAUCCGCUAGAGAAGUUAAGACAUCAACAAAAGACCUUGUUCAACCUCUCGCACAGCCCACUGUCAACAAUAAAACUACUCCUAAAGUCAUUACGAAGACAGCUAGUGUCAACGUAACGCCCAGUGCGACCGCGCAAGCUGCGACCAGCAAGGGCAACACGCCCGCCGUGCCUUCCAACAUAGAAACUGGAUCCUUAGUCGUUUUAACUGUAAACGACCCCUCCUCCCCUUCAAAGAAGAAACUACAAACGUACAUCGCUCAUGGAGGCGGCAGACUGACCCCCGUCUCCCUGCCAACUACCUUACUCAACUCAGUCGUGGGAUACAUGAAGAAGGGAACACCUAAAAACACCACAGGUUCCCCGCAUUUCACAUCGCCGACCAGUACCACCAGCACCACCAGCCAGGACGGUCGCGGCAGCACUACCCCAGGAGUCAUCCAGGUAAACCCCUCGCCCACCAAAAGGCAACGACUUAGCUCUUAUACUAUUACACAAAUCUAGCAUUCAGCCACUGCUGUAUUGGCUAUGCUGUAUAUUUUAAGAUAGCACCGAUACCGUCAAUAUAUUAGGAUAUAUUGACAAUCGUAAUCGAUCUCGAUACGACAGAUAUUCGCUGCAAGAAAGCGGGAAAUAGCAGGUCGGAGAAGACCGCGUUUUUGAGACACAAUGUAACGUGUUACAAGUGUCAAAGUUCACCACAACAAUAACAACUCACCAUUGAUAUAAUUAGAGAAUAAAACCAUGAUAUACCAUUCAUGUAAUUGCAACAACAUUGCUAUGAUAUAUGUACUACUGACAGAUACAGUACUAAUGUGAUAAGAAGAAGAUCAGCCGAUGAUCUAGGCUAGAUCUAGGGGGCUAGUAAAUGCUAUUCAACAUUGGAUCCAAAUUUCAUUGAAAAAAUGACAAUUUUUAUAUUAACUAUGACGAUAUCGUUCUAUAAAGGGGGCAGCUGUUGCCAUAUACUCAUGAGUUACAAUCUGAUAUUGUGUAUCUCACCAUAGUGUAUACUUACUAUAUCUGUAGUUCAUACUUUGCCAUACGCCUUGCCAUUGUUACUCCUCACCACUGCCACAAACACAAUACUAUCAUGUCAUACUUACCAUAUGGUAAGACAACUUUGAAGGAGAUAUACAUCGUCAGCAUGUGUCAUUAUUUAUUUGUAUAUUCUGCAUUUUAUUUUCUAAAUCUCAGUACAAUUAAAUAAUUAAAAAUAUUGAUGCAAUUGAAGUUUACAAUAAAUGUUUACAAUUUUUUUAUUGAUUAUUUUGUUGUUUUUUGUCAAUAAUUAAUUCUCGUCUUGUCGUCUUAAUAUUCGAUGUUUUUAUAUUUUAUGUUAGUCUUAAAGAUUUUGUAUUGGAUUUAAUCUUUUUUUUUUAAGUUAAUAGUGCUGUGAAUUAUGUUUUAUUUUAUUUAUAAUUCGGUGAUAUAGUUUAGAUUAUGCGGAAUAUUUACUAUAAGAUAGUUUAUUUUAAGUAGUGUUAAAAGAUAUUUCGAUUUUUAGAAUAGCUAGCAUUAGAUUUUAAAAUAAUAGACGUAAAUCCAACCAAUUAUAUUAUUGUAUUUUAAGUCAGAAAUAGUAAAGUUUAUGAUUAUUGAACUAAAAGAAAUCCCAAAUGAUCUGAUAACAUGAACGUUUUUUUAAUAUACUCUUAAUGAUCAUGUGUAAAUGAAAUAUUUAAAAUGUAAAAUCAUUUGCUGAAGUUUUUAGAUUUAGACCAUAAUCAUGCAUUAAUAGUAGUCUUAGGACCUGUCCCACCUAUUGUUAAUUGUUUGAUAACAAUCCAACAUGUAGAAUAUGUGAUUUUGUUCCCUUAUCCC